CUUCUUGUGUUGGUCUCUCUCUCCCUCUCUCUCUCUCUCUCUCUCUCUCUCUCGAGGCUUCGCAACGCGCUUUUCCGAAGCAAGCUUCUAAUGGAGGCUUCUGAAGGGCGUUACAACCCGGGGCCGGAUUUUGAAGAGGAUGCGAAGGCGCCGCUCCUCGACAUCUCUUCAUCGGACUCGACUGAGCUUUGGCUCAUUCAGUGGCCCAUCAACCAAUUACAGCCCUCUGAUUUCCAUGGGAAAGAGCUUUCGUUGAAGCUACACCGCGAUGGGCAGUUGGGAAGCUUCGAGAGCUCUUCUGGGAAAUCUUAUGAACUUAUCAGCUUCCAAGCCCAGGAACCAGAUGCAGCCGUCUUCCUUUCUUCAGGAACAGAAUCAAAAGUUGUGGGGAAGAUUUCACGCCGUGUUUGUUUAGUCCAUUAUCCAGAACCAGAAGAAUUGGAGAAACCUGGUUUUGGUGCCCUUAAUCUAAGUAGUCAGAGAUCCGAAGGUUCUUUCAGAAAAAGCAUGUCCCGGUAUUCUACAACCCCGUCAAAACACGGAAGCGUUUCGAGGGCCGAAGGAAUGUCUCAUAAUACCCUAGCUUCGGCACAAAGUGCUGCUAAAAAAAUCAGAGGAUCUUCUGACAAAUACAAGCAGAAGAGGGACGAGGCUGCAACAGCGCCUUCUGAGAUAUCCGAAAAGUUUUCGGGCCGUUCUUCUUCUCAUGCUUCUGUAGAAAGCCAAAUGACUAAGAACACCGCAUUAGAGGCCGAGGGGUCUACCCCCGAGAAGUCCGCGAAGAAGAAGAGAAAGAAGAUCAAGGUCGAGGAGUAGCGAGCACUUUUUACGUAUUUCGGUUCUUCUUUUUGCGGAUCACAAAGAGCAAAUUUUGAUGUGCGAAUUGGUCGAGAGCGCAAAAAUAUGUAUUUCGGAACAGGGAAUUUGUAUUUGAAAUUUGGCUUGUUUAGCCAAUUAAUCAUAAAUGUAUUUUUGUUUUCUGAUGUGGUUUGGCAUAAGUAGUUGUUGUGUCAAAGCUUACUAAUAUUAUUAAUAUUAAUGUUGCAUAAAUAAAUGGC